AUGGAGCAUCUAGUGGCUGCGUUGAUGGGUCUACAAAGGCCUCCGCUUCCUCCUCAACCCCAGCAAUCAUCGAUUACUCAACUUGUGCAUCAGUUGAAUCCUGAAGAACAACGAGCGUUGUUGGGUCAUAUUCAGCGACCAGCACGCGUCGCUCCUCCAGCGCGUCAAGCAUCAGCACUCCAAGCAUCAGCACUCCAAGACCGGUCCGAGCUACCGGUAUCUCAGACUGAUGGGGCCAGUCGAGACGAUGGCGGUGAGCAAUCUCGUAACCCGGGGCGACAGGCGGAAGAGGACCACCAGCCGGCAGGUACAGGGGUACCAGAACAGGCGAACACGGGUCAAGCUGGUCACGAGCCCUCUCCAUCCCAGCCACAACAGUCUCACCCCUCACUCGAACAGAGACAGCAGACUCUAGAGGCAUCACAAACAAUUCAGCAGUCUCAUGGAGCAACCGCAAUGCAAGAGCAAAUACAGAUGGGUCAAGCCCAACUGCUUGCGAACAUAAUGCAGCGGUCCCAAGCAAGCGCUGUAGCACCUCGUGCUCCCAACGCUGCUGUUCCUACCAACUCAGGUGUGCCAUUGACUGCAUUGACAGCUUUCCAACAACUUGCUGGACUGUCACCACAGCUGCCCCAGCAGGCGCGGCAACAGCGUGGCCAUGAAGGAACACAACCAAUCCAACCGUUGCAUAGAGCACCUACGAUGCAAGAGCACAUCCAGCUUGCUAACAUACUGCAGAUGCGGCAAGGAAAUACUUUGGCACCUCGUGUUCCCGCGGCUGAUGUUACCUCUGCCUUGGCAUCUUUGCAACGAAUUGCACAACCUUCCCAUGCUGUGUCCAGAUUAAUAGCUCACCCGAACGCUCCGGCGCCGGUUCAGCUCCCAACGCAAAGACAAGGCUCGGCAGAAGCAAUGUUGGGAAACCUUUUGCAGAAUUCAGUGGCCUCAAACAACCUGAAUAGUCCAUUGCUUUCCGCCAUUCUUUCACAGUUGGCGCAACCACAGCAGGCACAAGCUCUUGCCCAUGCAGGCGUGGCCGCAGCUUCGGUGCCGACUGCAGCCGCAGCCUCUGCAGUACCACCACCACGUCCCGAGCAACCACAACCAUUGCAACAACAGCAAACUGCAGAACGAUCGACACAGCGGCAAGCUUCACAUUCGCCCUCCCCACAAAAUGCUGCGCCAGCUGCCAGCGCCCCUACCGCUGGGGCUUCUGCUGCCAGUGCCCCUGCCCCAGGGGCUUCAGCAAAGCGAAAGAAAGGCAAGAACUCCAAGAAGGGAUCGCAACGGACAAAGCAACAAGCCGAGGAUGAAAUAACCAGCCCUGGCGAGCACGAUGUUCUCUUGGGCCGCGGAAGCGGCGCCAGUAAUCACUUGGGUAACAUUCGAUAUCGAACGCUGGUCAACGAAUACAAGGAAAAGUACAUUAGUGCCAGCCGCGUCGAUAAGCCAAAAGUCGCCGAUGAGAUUGUCCAUGUUUGGCGCAAUCUCACUCCUCCUGGAAGGUUUUUGACUAGAUGUGGUGGUGAUGACGACAACGAGGGCAAUGAUAAUGAAGACUUUUCGGGUGGCCGAUGGGUUGACGUGGGUAACUCCAGGGCCAAGACAAAAACGUGUCAGUGUUUGCGCGAGAAAGAUCGACCUCCCAGUAGCAAACGAGUGAAGAAAGGGUGUAGAUAA